AUGGGAAUGUUGCAAUCGGUUGAAACUGCUGCUCUCAAAGUUAUAGAAUUGACUCCAGCAGACUCCAGUUGUUAUAUUCUCCUCUCUAAUAUCUAUGCUAAAUCUGGUAGAUGGGAUGAUGUGGAAAAUGUUAGAUUGAUGAUGAAAAAGAGAGGGAUGAAAAAGGUUCCUGGAUGCAGUUCAAUCUUUGUGAAUGGGAAAGUUCACGAGUUCAUCAUGGGUAAGACAAUGGAUGUGAAUUAUGGUGGUGGGGUUCUUUCUAAGACAAAGGAGAUGGUUUCUUUGCUGAAGAAAGAAGGCUAUGAGCCCGACCUGACUCAAGUUCUGCGAGAUGUUGGGGAAGAUGAAAAGAAAGAUUGCUUAGCUUUUCAUAGUGAGAAGAUGGCCCUUGCAUUUGGGCUUAUAAAGAAAGCCAACAGUGCUCCUAUUCAAAUAGUAAAAAACCUGAGAAUUUGUUGUGAUUGUCACUCCUUUAUGAAGUUGGCUUCCAGGAUUUACAACCGUAGACUUAUCGUGAGAGAUCAAAACCGGUUCCACCAUUUUAAGGAUGGCAUUUGUUCUUGCAAUGAUUAUUGGACUCAGCAGAUGCAGAGAACAAAUGCAUUAAAUACCCCAUCACUCUGUUGUCCUGAAAAUUCUUGGGCCGUUAGUUUGUUAUCGAAGAAACGAUAUUGUUCUGGGUUUGGCCACCAUCUAGUUAGCCCAAUAGUGGUCCAAGUAUUCUAG